UUUAAGCACAUGAUUCUGUACUGUAACGAACUAGAUCUAUCGAGAGUUAGGCCUAACAAGAUUUUUCACUUGCCUCUAGAAUUUCCAGAUCUAGAACUAAGCUAGGCCUAGAAAUCUAGUUAUUAGUUAAUAACUAGUCGACUAUUUAAUAAAGAUGUGAUGCCUACAAGUGAUGCAGCAGUUGAUGCCACAUGCUUUGGUUUCUUUUCAAACCUGAUAACUGCUUUGGGGGAACAGUUUUGGGGGAACAUCUUUGUACGUCUUGUUUCCCUCAACCUUGAUCUUGUGGAGCAUCAAGAGUAAUGAUUAUAAAAAAAUAGCUACAAGUAAAUCGCUUGCCAAAUGGAAACAUUUUCCAGAUAUAUUCCCAGAUCUCUCUCAAAACUACUUUUGCAAUGUAACUCAAAUAAACAGCUGGCUUUAGAUAGACGUCUGUCAUCACUUUUAUCAACAAAUACUGUUUAUUAUAACUUGAAGCAAGCAAACUUCAGGAAUGUAAAAAUUGCCCAUCCUUCUAUGCAACAUAUAAUUAAACAGGGAAAACCAAGUCAACUGUUUCUGGAAAUUCAGAUUUCAAGAAGAUUUACCAAUGGUGAUAAGAACAGUCAAGUAGAUAUGUCCAACUAUGUGGUUGGUCAUGAUAGAACAGAACAAUAUUUCUACAUAAGAUUAAAAGAUCCAUCAGGAGAGUGUGAGAGUUUAGCCAUCCUUCAAUACUCCUGGGUUAAACCUGGACACGUAGAUCUAUAUCACACUGAAGUACCUACAGAUUUUCAAAGACAAGGAAUAGCUAAACACCUAGUUUUGGCUGGCUUGGAUACUUUCAGUAUGGAGAAUAUGGUAAUAAGGCCUUCAUGUACCUAUGUACAAAAAGUUUUGAGAGAAAACCCUCUUCCUCGCUAUAUUAACCAUCUUGAAAAAGGAUAUAUGAAAUUUUGAACACCACCCAAUAGCCUUGAUGCUUUAUCUUUUUAUCAGCACAGUAAUUUAUUAUUAAUAAAUCAACAAAAAAGAAAACUACUGU